GGUCUGUCUCCGCCUGCGUGUGCGGGGGAUUAUUGUGUUUGUUUCGUCAAUGGCUGUUCCUUCGAACGUCCCUGCACCUGCUUCGCUUUAUGUUGGAGACCUUCAUCUUGAUAUCACCGAUGGACAACUCUUCGAUGCCUUCUCUGUCAUCGAUAACCUUGCAUCUGUCAGGGUUUGCAGAGAUUCCAUGUCUGGAAGAUCUCUCGGUUACGGUUAUGCCAAUUUCAUCACUACCCAAGACGCAAUCCGUGCUAUCGAGAAACUGAAUCACACUCCGUUGAAUGGCAAACCGAUUAGAAUUAUGUGGUCUCAUCGUGAUCCGGAUGCAAGGAAGACUGGGGUCGGGAAUUUGUUUGUCAAGAACCUGAAUGAUUCUAUUGAUAAUGUGAAACUUCAUGAGAUGUUCUCUAAGUUUGGAAACAUAUCAUCCUGCAAAGUUGUAAUGUCUCUGGAUGGAAAGAACCAAGGAUAUGGGUUUGUACAGUUCGAGUCUGAAGCAUCUGCCACUGCUGCUGUUGAGAAGUUUAAUGGUUCCAUUAUUGGUGGCAAACAAAUAUAUGUGGGUAAUUUUGUCAAAAAGAGUGAGCGGGUUUUACCCAGCCCUGAUGCAAAAUACACCAAUCUGUACAUGAAGAAUCUGGAUCCAGAUAUUACAGAAGAACUUUUGCAGGAAAAGUUCUCUGAGUUCGGAAAAAUUACUAAUCUGGUAAUCUCGAAGGACAACAAUGGGAACUCAAGGGGUUUUGGAUUUGUGAAUUUUGAUAACCCUGAUGAUGCUAAACAGGCAAUGGAGACAAUGAAUGGAUCACAACUUGGCUCAAAGGCUUUGUAUGUAGCAAGGGCACAAAAGAAAGCAGAGCGAGAGCAAAUAUUGCAUCGUCAGUUUGUGGAAAGACGUAAGGAGCAAAUCCAGAAAUAUAAGGAUUCAAACAUCUAUGUUAAAAACAUUGCUGAUGAUGUCGAUGAUGACGAACUGCGAGAACACUUUAGUCAGUGUGGUACAAUCACUUCUGCAAAGCUAAUGCGUGAUGAUAAAGGAAUUAGUAAGGGGUUUGGGUUUGUAUGCUUCUCUACUCCAGAAGAAGCAAACAAGGCUGUGAAUACUCUGCAUGGAUGCAUGUUUCGUCAAAAGCCUUUAUAUGUAGCUAUUGCCCAAAGGAAAGAGGACAGGCGAGCACAAUUGCAACUUCAAUAUGCCCAGCGUUUUACGGGAUUAGCUGGUCCCUCAACUGCAGUCAUUCCUUCUGGUUAUUCUCCUCUUUAUUACACACCUCCUGGUGUUGUAUCACAAAUUCCUCCGAGGCAGGGCCUUGUGUAUCAACCUUUGGGUUUGAGACCAGGGUGGAGGGCCAAUGGAUUUGCACCUCCAGCCAGACCAGCUUUUCAACCUAUGCCACUACCUGUGGUUCCUAAUAUUCCAAGACAGAAUAGGCAAAAUAGGAGCAGGAUGAAUGGCCAUAUGCUUCCUCAAGGUGGUGGACAAAAUAUGCAAUUUGUGCCACAUUUGCGACAACCUACACAAUCAGUGAAUUCAUUGAAAGAUUCAAGUAAUCAGCAGCGUGCUGGACAGACCAAGUAUGUGUCGAAUGGGCAGCAUCCCCAUGAGAUAAACAAUGGAUCUGCAGUUCCAUCAUCUGCUUCUAACUCUGUUGGAGCUGCAUCCCAAGGAUCAGAGAUGUUGAGUAGCAUGCUUGCUGCUGCUACGCCUCAGCACCAGAAACAGAUGCUUGGUGAGCGCCUCUACCCCCUAGUGAAGAAACACAAGUAUGAUCUAGCAGCUAAAAUAACCGGGAUGCUUUUGGAGAUGGACAACUCUGAAUUACUACUGUUAUUGGAAUCGCCGGAGUCCUUGGCUGCUAAAGUGGAAGAAGCAGUGCAGGUGCUGAAGCUAUCCAAGACCAAAGUAGCUGGCCAAGAUGCUCUUAAUCCCAAUUACUUUUCGGCUCAGGUCACUGUCAUCUGAGAGAGUUCCCCCCCCCCCCCCC